AGUUCAGCGGACUUCAUUUAUCUGGUGUGAGUGAGGCCGCAUUAUAACAGCACCAUCUCUUUGCUUCUCUGUUGCUCCGGUAUCCAAACUUCCUCAGAGAUUGGGCUUCUUCUGCUUUUGAGGGAGACAGAGAGAGAGAGACUUAGAGAGAGAUGGGAAGCAAGGGGAGGACGGCGAUGGAGGUUGGACCAGAUGGGGUGGCUCUUAUAACCAUCAUUAAUCCGCCUGUUAAUUCUCUCUCCAUUGAUGUGUUGCAAAGUAUAAAGGCAAAUUAUGAGGAAGCUUUACAAAGAAAUGAUGUGAAGGCGAUUGUUAUUACGGGUUCGAAAGGAAAAUUUUCUGGAGGUUUUGACAUCACUAAUAUAGAGGGAAUUCAAAUGGGAAAGGGGGCACAGCCAAAGAAGGGUUACAUUUCUGUGGAAAUCAUCACCGAUUUGUUGGAAGGAGCACGGAAACCAUCUGUGGCAGCAGUUGAUGGCCUUGCUUUAGGUGGUGGACUUGAGAUUGCAAUGGCUUGUCAUGCCAGAAUCUCAACUUCUUCUGCUCAACUCGGAUUGCCAGAGCUUCAACUAGGAAUAAUUCCUGGAUUUGGAGGCACUCAGCGACUUCCUCGCCUUGUGGGUCUUACAAAGGCCCUUGAAAUGAUCCUGCUGUCCAAGCCAAUAAAGGGUGAGGAGGCCCAUAAUCUUGGGCUUGUGGAUGAAUUGGCCCCACCAGAUAAAUUGGUGAAUACUGCCAGACGUUGGGCGCUGGACAUUGCUGAGUUCAGAAAGCCAUGGGUCGCCAGUCUCUACAAAAGUGACAAGCUGGAGCCCUUAGGCGAAGCAAAGCAGAUACUCAAGUUUGCAAGAGUUCAGGCACAAAAACAAGCUGCCAAUCUCCAACAUCCAUUGGUCUGCAUUGAUGUUAUUGAAGAGGGUAUUGUUUCUGGUCCCCGAGCUGGACUUUGGAAGGAGGCUGAUGCUUUCCAGCAAUUGCUGUUCUCCGACACUGCAAAGAGCUUGGUUCAUAUUUUCUUUGCACAGCGUGCUACCUCAAAGGUGCCUGGAAUAACUGACCUGGGCUUGAUGCCAAGAAAGAUACACAAGGUUGCUAUUAUUGGCGGGGGGUUGAUGGGUUCUGGAAUUGCAACUGCCUUGAUACUGAGUGGCUAUCCUGUCCUCGUCAAGGAAGUAAAUGCUCAAUUCCUACAGGCAGGAAUGGACCGUGUCAAAGCAAAUUUACAAAGUCGUGUCAAGAAAGGAAAAAUGACACAGGAGAAGUUUGAGCGGACAUUCUCUCUGAUUAAAGGUGUUCUUGAUUAUGAAAGCUUUAGAGAUGUGGACAUGGUCAUUGAGGCUGUUAUUGAGAAAGUGUCGCUCAAGCAACAAAUUUUUGCGGAUCUUGAAAAGUACUGCCCACCCCAUUGCGUCCUUGCUACUAAUACUUCCACAAUUGACUUGAAUUUGAUUGGGCAACAGACAAACUCUCGUGAGCGCAUAGUUGGUGCUCAUUUUUUCAGCCCUGCUCAUAUCAUGCCACUCUUGGAAAUAGUGAGAGCAGAAAGGACUUCACCCCAAGUGAUUGUUGACCUGAUGGAUGUUGGAAAGAAAAUUCGUAAGACUCCCAUUGUGGUUGGAAACUGCACUGGGUUUGCAGUCAACCGGAUGUUCUUCCCUUACACGCAGUCGGCUCUCCUGUUGGUUGAUCAUGGUCUUGAUGUUUAUCAGAUUGAUCGUGCAAUCACCAAAUUUGGAAUGCCGAUGGGACCGUUCAGGUUGGUUGAUCUGGUUGGUUUCGAGGUGGCAGUUGCGACAGGCAUCCAAUACCUGGAAAACUUCCCUGAAAGAGUUUACAAAUCAAUGCUGAUACCGAUUAUGGCUGAAGACAAGAGGGCAGGUGAAAAGACCAAAAAAGGUUUCUACAUAUACGAUGAUAAGCGCAAGGCCCGUCCAGACCCUGCAAUAAAGAAAUACAUUGAGAAGUCACAAUCAAUGGCUGGAAUCAAUCUCGACCCCAAGUUGAUGAAAUUGUCGGAUAAAGAUAUCAUAGAGAUGGUUUUCUUUCCGGUCGUCAACGAGGCUUGUCGUGUCCUUGCUGAAGGAAUCGCAGUUAAAGCAUCUGAUCUCGACAUUGCCUCUGUUAUGGGCAUGGGGUUCCCCCCAUACAGGGGAGGAGUUGUGUUUUGGGCCGAUUCGUUUGGAGCCAAGUACAUCUGCUCAAGAUUGGCGGAGUGGUCGAGAACAUAUGGUGGUUUCUUUAAACCAUGUGCCUACUUGGAAGAAAGGGCAGCUGGUGGCUUAUCUCUGAGUGCCCCACUCCAGCAAGCAAGACCUCGAAUGUAAGUCUCAGCUUGAAGAACAUUAGCAGUUGGUUUAAUGUUUGCUUCUUUUUCUUGUCCAUUGGCUCCAAAUCACCCUAUAGAUCGAAGGGUGGGCCAAGGAUACAGUCAAUAAUGGGAGGGAAGAUCUAGAGAAGCCAUUGUUGUUUUCUGCUAAUAACCGACCACGUAACAAGCCUAGUUUUAGUUGAUGAGUUCAUAUAAUUGGCAUAUAAGGACUGCAUGUAUUUCUAAUGAACUUAUAUAAUGUAAUGCUGGUGAAUGGUAUGGGAGUUUCUUUAAUGUCGGUACUUUAAUUAUAGUAAUGCAAGUCUUAUACGGCUAUAGAAA